CAAAAGGAAGGACAAAAACAACAGCGAAUGUAGGCGACAAACCUAUCGCACAAUAAACUAAUUUUGAACAAAACUUGACUGGUCAGUUGAGGUAAAUCAACUGCGUAAACCUCAGGCGCAAAUUGAUAAAACCGGUCAUUUUCCUCGUCCACUGACGAGCGAUAGUCGUUCGCAGUUCUUCCUGUAUUCGCUCCAACACAAUGAAAAUGUCCUAAAAGUGUUGAAAACACAAAAAAUAUCCAACCCAAAGUUCUAAAUUCGUGAAAUACAGUGCCUCAUUUGUGUACAGUGCAUUAAAAUUGUAAAAAUGCGUGCAACCGUGGUAAAUUUGUUGUUUUUUACACUAUCCAUGUGCUAUGGGCAAGGUAAUCUGCCUUUGCAAGUUCCGACGCCUCCACCCAGCCUUCAUAUUGGAUUGACCGAAAGAAUAGGCAAUUUUUCCGUUGAAUUAUUAUAUCACACGGCUAAACUGCAAGAAAUGAAACAGAACUUGGUAAUAUCACCUAUAACUGUAUGGACAGUCCUGGCUGUAAUAGCGGAAGGAGCUUCAGAAGGUACAGCAAGGCAGAUAAAUCACGCAAUAAGAAUAAAAACAAGGAGCAGGGAAGCUGUACGGCACGAUUUCAAUGAAAUGGCAAAGUGGCUUCAGGUUAAAACCAAAGCAGUCCAACUUGCGAAAAUUAACGCUAUUUUUGUUAAUAUUGACUCACUCCCUAGAGCAGACUUCAGUCAAUUAGCAAAAAGCUACUAUGAUACCGAUGUUGUGCCAUUAAACUUUAAUGAUUCAGUCACUUCUGCAAAUUCUAUAAACAAUGCCAUAGCUAAUGUCACCCACGGAAGGAUAUCAAAGAUAGUAGACAGCAGUUACUUCCAGAAUACUCAAAUGAUCCUCACCAGUGCUGUAUACUUCAAGGGAGAGUGGACAUUUCCUUUUAACACUACAUCAACGUUCAAAAUGCCAUUCUACAGCAGUGCAGGUGUAAAAACAGGAGAAGUGAACAUGAUGUAUAAUCGCCAAAAUUAUCCAUUUGCGAAUGUUCAAGAAUUGCAAGCAAGAGUCAUAGAAAUUCCGUAUGGUACAUACAACCGGCUGUCAAUGCUUAUAAUGCUGCCACACCCCGAUGUUUCUUUAGAAACAAUGUUUUAUAAUUUCCAAAAAGUGACACUGGACAAAGUUUUUGAAGAACUAAGGAUUUCCAAGGAAGAAUUUGGGGAUGACGAAGUGGAUUGUCUAAUUCCUAGAUUUAAGAUAGAAACUAACUUAGAUCUGACUGAUAUUUUGAAAAAAUAUUUUUACAUUCAAGAUCUGUUUGAUGAAAGCAGGGCAAGGCUCCCCCGUAUGGCUGAUUGGCCAGUUUACGUUUCCAAAAUUGUACAUAAAGCUGAAAUUGAGGUUACGGAAGAGGGUACAACUGCCUCUGGAGUUACGGUUGCUGAAUUUAGUAACCGCAUUGGGGUUAUACGGUUUGAAGCCAACAGGCCUUUUACGUAUGUGAUUAUAGAAAAGGCCACAAAUUCUAUUGUUUUUGGUGGAGUUUAUCAACAACCAUCUUUGUUUUAAUUAGAAUCUCAAUAUUAAACAUUGAAUAUACUCAAAAAUCAUUAAGCUGUGAUCACUUGGCAAAAAUUGUCUCUGAUAUGUAAUACUCGUUACAUUCACAAGAUAUUUAUAUUUGGUGAUUUUUAUAAAGUCUUUGUAACUGAUAAUUGUUUUCUGAAUAUAAUUCUUUAAUAAAUAUAAGUAUUCAGGUCUUGAAUUGGCAGAAAUUUAUAUUACUUAGGUAAGUACUAAGACUACUUUUGUUUAAGAUUAUGUUUUGGUGCAUCAUUCUUUAAUAAUUUUCACACAGAAAAAUAUAUACAGUAAUAAAUACAACUUAUCUCAUUACCUGCCCCAUGAAAUAAAUCUAUGGACAUUAACUAUUCCUAGACCUUGUAUAGGGAUAUUAUGAAUCUCUGUCAUUAAAUAAGUUAUAAUAGCACUUAUGUCUCAUUUUAGAGCUAGUCAUCAUAUAGAGCAAGAUCCCAGAGCCGUAAGACACAACUUAUUUUCUAAAGAAUGGAUCUUUCGAUACUCAGUAGUCUUUCAUGUACUUUUAAUACCUGCAUGUUUGUGAGACUUGCCCGGUGACACCUGCGCAGGUACCAGGCGAGAAAGGUAACUAAAAAUCACAGUUACUUAACUUAAAUUUUUAUGACUGAUUUUUAUAUAUAUUUUAUAGACUAUUACUCUGAAGUCAUAUCAGAGAAGUCAGACGCUUUCCAUGCGCCAAAACUUUUGUCAGACGCUUUAAAGCUCUAUCAAAAAAAAAUUAACUUAAUUUAUUUUUAAAUGUCUGACUUUUAUAUAUGUUAUUCAGAUAACUAUUACAAAGUUGUAUUAAAUCAGUCAGACAGUUUGUAAUGACCAAACACCCCUUAAACACAAGAAUUACUCAGCCUCCAGUAUGAGCGCGAUAGCACAAUGCGCAUGCGCGUCAGAGUAAAAUAUCUAAUAUUUGAAAAGUACUUACUGUUUUCAAUUUCAUAUUUUUGCAUAUCUAUUCAAAUACGAUGAAAUUUAUAAUUAAAAUAAUAAUUAAUCAUUUUUAAAAUAAUAUAAUAUAUUGCAUACUAGCUGUUGCCCGCGACGUCGUCCGCGUAAAGUUCGAGUUGAAUCUUAAUCAUACAGUCUGAUACAGACAGACAGACAAAAAAAUUAAAAAAAAAUUCUCUAUUUGUUUCAGUCAAAAUAUUAAAUGUACAGACAAAAUAUUUUUACCGUAUGAUUAUAUGUAGUAUUUUGAUUUUCAGUUUUUUUAAUAAAUACUCAAACAACACAAAAAAAAAACAUUUUUAAUAAAAAUUAAUAUAUAUCUUGUUAUUGUUGGGACUCGAACUCGGACCGCCAACUUCACAGUCUCACGCGCUAACCACUGGACCAUCGAAGCCGUUGCGGUGGUGUCGAAAUUAAAGAAGACUACAUACAUAUGGUCAUGUCUAUAUCCCUUGCGGGGUAGACAGAGCCAACAGUCUUGAAAAGACUAAAUGGCCACGUUCAGCUAUUUGGCUUAAUGAUAGAAUUGAGAUUCAAAUAGUGAUAGGUUGCUCGCCCAUCGCCUAAAAAAGAAUCCCAAGUUUGUAAGCCUAUCCCUUAGUCGCCUUUCACUUAUAUUUAUAUGUUAUAGGUUUACUAUUACUAUACUAUUUUUUAAUUGUUUAUGAUUUUAUUUUUACGGAAAAUUCUGCCAGCAACGACAAUCUAACUGAUGAUGAGGACGAUGACUUGAGUGGACAGUAUAGAGAUUUAAUAAAUGAUGAAAAUUCAAAUGAUUAUUUUGAUGAUGAAGAUGAUAAAGAGACAAUAAAAUAAAUAUUCAAUUGAUUAAUCAUAAUUAAUUAUUUUUUUAUUGAAAUUAUUAUAAUAGAUAUAUUUUUUUAAAUAAAAUAAAAAUCAUUCUUUUUGAAAGGCUAUUGCUACAAAAAAAUUCAUUUUCCCCUAUUUAUAAACAAAAACAGUAAGUACUUUUCAAAUAUUAGAUAUUUUACUCUGACGCGCAUGCGCAUUGUGCUAUCGCGCUCAUACUGGAGGCUGAGUAAUUCUUGUGUUUAAGGGGUGUUUGGUCAUUACAAACUGUCUGACUGAUUUAAUACAACUUUGUAAUAGUUAUCUGAAUAACAUAUAUAAAAGUCAGACAUUUAAAAAUAAAUUAAGUUAAUUUUUUUUUGAUAGAGCUUUAAAGCGUCUGACAAAAGUUUUGGCGCAUGGAAAGCGUCUGACUUCUCUGAUAUGACUUCAGAGUAAUAGUCUAUAAAAUAUAUAUAAAAAUCAGUCAUAAAAAUUUAAGUUAAGUAACAGUGAUUUUUAGUUACCUUUCUCGCCUGGUACCUGCGCAGGUGUCACCGGGCAAGUCUCACAAACAUGCAGGUAUUAAAAGUACAUGAAAGACUACUGAGUAUCGAAAGAUCCAUUCUUUAGAAAAUAAGUUGUGUCUUACAGCUCUGGGAUCUUGGACCAAUAGGGCCACAUAAUUAAUUAGAAUUAGGCCUUGGAAAAAGGACAAUAAAAAUAUAUUUUGUUCAAUCAAUUUUGCAGUCCAGCCUUCGCGGCGUAAAACGCGCUACGUCGUUUUUAUAGCGCGAACAACUUGCUGUUUCAAAAAGCUUUUAAUGCUAAGCCUAAUUAUGUUUACACAUAUAUUUUUUUAAUAGAAUUAUAUGUAUCUUAAGGUUUUUUUUUAUCUAUUCUUCCUACCCUGUUAAGGAUAAAAAUUCAAAACUAAUGUAGUGAUAAAAAGAGAAUUACGAAGCAAGGGGUUUUCACAAAACAUGAAAACAAAAGUGUAAAAUGAUUCACAGAAAUAACAUUGUGAUCUGUUUAUGCUCUCUUUAACAUGUAAAUAUGAACGAAAUGUGCAAUUUUUUGAUGUGAUAAGAAUGACUAAUAUAAAAAAUGUUUAUGA